UUUAUUCUAUUCCCUAUGCUGUACUCCAUAUCCCAAUUAGGAGAUUUUUAAGGAUAGAAAACUAGCAUCCAUUCAGCCUGCACUAGCUCCCCCCCCCGCCCCAUUUUUAUCUUAGGAGUUUAUGAAACAAGUACUCAUUUCAACAUUAAGAGAUCAAAUUCUUCUAAAUGUGUACAUGUAGGUAGGCAGUAAAUACUCAAAUGUAUGAAUUUAACAAGUUAACUUUAUGCAAGCACUUAAAUAAUUCACACCUUAAUAUACCACCAAGCAGUAUAUUAGGACACUAAAAAAAUCUUAAAAUACCAAAUUUUCUUAAAUACUUAAAAGGUAAAUAUAACACACAUUUCAAAAUCCCAUCAAAUCAUUUGGCCUGAAAACAUUGACAAAAGCCGUAAUUCUGUGGAGAGGAGUAGUUCCUAUUUAGCACUUGAUAUACUCUAAUGCACUUGAUACCAACACCAGCCCUGUGAGGUUGGUACUAUUCUUAUGGCCAUUUUACAGAUGAAGACACUGAGGCACAGGGAGGUGGAAUCCUAACCCAAGGUCACGCAGCUAUUCAGAGAAGGCACCAAGGACUGAAGCCCAGAAAUUAAAGACAGUCAGCUGGAGGACACCUUGCUUCAGGGUUGGCGUAAGGUGUUGGGUCCGCCCUUGGGUCCCCCGUGGAUGCCCUUCACUCACAGCCUCACUUUCCCACAGGUUUCCAUGGCUUCAGAAACACUUAGGAGCCAUGCAGAGGGUGGUGUGACCUUUGCAGAUGUGGCCGUGGACCUGUCUCAGGAUGAAUGGGGGCUUCUAGAUGGGGCUCAGAGACUCCUGUACCGUGAUGUGAUGCUGGAGAAUUUUGCACUUGUGGCCUCACUGGGUUUUUGGUUGCAAAUGGAGGAUGAGGAGGCACCUUCUCAAGGCCCGUCGCACUCCAGGGUUCCCAACACAGGUUCAACCACCCAGAAAACCUGCUCUUGUGAGACGUAUGGCCCAGUCUUGAAAGACAUUUUGCACCUGGCUGACCACCAGGGAAUAUUCCCCAGGCAGAAACUUCACACAUGUGCAGCAUGUGGGAGACAGCCCUGGUUCAGUGUAAGCACUCACCAGCAACAGAAGCGGCACAGUGGAGAGAAACACCCCAGAAGGGGUGAGGACUGGGCUUGGUUCGUUAAGGACUGCAGAGUCCACCUGUCAGAGACUGCCUUCACACGUGGGGGCGGUGGGAAGGAUCUCCUGCCCAGCUUAGGCCUUCUCCAGCACCAGCCCACUCACAGCAAGGGGAAUUCACCCGGAAGCACUGAGUGCAGGGAGGCCGUUCACAUCGGAGAAGGGCAUUAUAGGUGCAAUGAAUGUGGGAAAGCCUUUAUCCGCAAAAACAGACUUGCUGAGCACCAGAGAGUUCACACUGGAGAAAAACCUUAUGGAUGCAUUGAAUGUGGAAAAUUCUUCAGCCAUAAGUCCAGUCUUACUGUACACCAGAGAGUUCACAUGGGUGUAAGGCCUUAUGGGUGCAGUGAAUGUGGUAAAGCCUUCAGCAGGAGCUCCACUCUUGUUCGGCACCAGAGAGUUCACCCUGGAGAAAAACCUUAUGAGUGUCGUGAAUGUGGGAAAAUGUACAGCGGAAGCAGCCAUCUUGUUUUGCAUAAAAAACUUCAUACUGGAGAACAGCUUUAUGAAUGCAGCAAAUGUGGGAAAGCCUAUAGCAGCAAGCACACACUUGUUCAACACCAGAGAGUCCACAUUGGAGAAAGGCCCUAUGCGUGCAGCAAAUGUGGGACAUUAUUUAGCCACAACUCCAGCGUUAUUGUACAUGAGCGAGUUCACAGCAGAGCAAGGCCUUAUGAAUGCAGUCAGUGUGGGAAAUUCUUUAACCAUUACGCCAACUGUAUCACACAUCGCAGAGUUCAUAUCACUGCAAGGCCUUAUAGAUGUGGCAAAUGUGGGAAAGCCUUCAGCUACAAACAUAGACUUGUUCAACGUCAGAGAAUGCACACCGGAGAAAGAGUUCAUGAGUGUAGUGAAUACGGUAAACCUUUCAGCCAGAAAUACAGACUUGUUCAGCACCAGAAAACCCAUACUAGAGAAAGACCUUAUGAAAGUAGUGAAUGUGUGAAACUCUUUAAGCAAACCUUGGGCCUUUUUGAACACCAGAGAACUCACACUGGACCUUACAAGUGUAUUGAAUGUGGAAAAUCCCUUAGCCACAAAAUCACACUUGUUCAGCACCAGAGAAUUCACACUGGAGAAAGGCCACAUAAGUGUACUGAAUGUGGGAAAUUUUUUAGCAAAAGCUCUGGCCUUAUUGCACAUCAGAGAGUUCACACUGGUGAAAAACCAUAUGAAUGCAUAAAAUGUAGGAAAUUUUUUAAGCAAAGAUCCAGCCUUGUUGUACACCAGAGGAUUCACACUGGUGAGAGACCUUAUGAAUGCAGUGAAUGUGGAAAAGCCUUUAGUCUUAAAUCCACACUUGUUAAGCACCAGAGAAUACACACUGGAGAAAAGCCUUAUGAGUGCAGCAAAUGCGGGAAAUUCUUUAGCCAUAAGUGCAACCUCAGUAGACAUCAGAGAAGUCACAUUGUUGAAAAGCAUUAAAGUACAGUGAAUGUGGGACAGCCUUAAGCUAAUGGCCUUUCCUCAUUUGGUACCAGAAAGUUCAACCUGGAGAAAGGCCUUUGGAGUGGAGGGUGUGUGCUGUUGGCUUGGUGAGUGUGAUUGACACCAGUUCUGAGAGGAGUCUUUAUGACGUAGCCAUCAACCAAGAAUUGAAUCGCAUACAUCUGAACAUCCACACUGGGGAGAUUCCCUGUGAGUGCUGGGUAUAUGGGAAGAUUUCAGGACCUGCAUUGUACUUGCUGACCUGCCCAAGGCCCUUGCCUGAGUUAAAUCACUGCCAAUACCUGUGGCAAAAGCCAUUCCACCUCUACCAGCUGGUAAAUGUGCAUCAUGUUACCCAGUGUGCUAAGGGAAGGCAGAUCUUUGUAUUCUUCCCUUCCCUGAAAGAAAUCAUGAGUGUUCUGAGGUUACUGGAGUCCACCAAAAUUACAUUCACACAGUGGGUGUGAUUAAUACAGAGUUGGGGGUGAGCAAACUAGAGAUGUGCCCCAUCUAUUUCUAGUGCUUCCAGAAAUAGUAUGGUCACCAUAGGGAUGAGUAUGUACAGGUAUCCUCAGGACUUCUAGAUUUACACCUCUCCUCUCCUAUGGACAAGGUCACUGGUAGAACAAAUAAUCUUAAAGUUUUCUGGAUUCCUGAGGCUACUUGGGCUAUUUACCUCAAAGCCACUGUUACUCAGGCAAGAAAAUGGAGAUUGAGGAAUAUCGUGGUCCAACAAUGUGAUUCACAAUCGGUAUUGCAUGCUCGUAUUUACUUCCAUUGAAGCAAGGCUGCCCUCCCUGAUGGAUGAGGAUAGUUAUGGUCAAAGCAAUAUGUCAAAUCUGGUUUUUCAAGAGAAGUUUUAUGUGGAACCAUUUUUUUAAAGAUCAAUUGAGAUAUAAUUGACAUGCAAUAAAUUGUGCAUGUUUAAAUUAUAAAGUAUAUGUAUGCUCAUGAAACCAUUACUGUAAUCAUGAUAUUGAAUAUAUCCAUCACCUCCAGAAUUACCUCAUCCCCUUUUACAAUCUCUCCCUCCCUGGCUCAUUCCCAUGAUCAUUAAUUUACUGUCUUUCACUAUAAACGUUCUUUUCUAGAAUUUUAUAUAAAUGGAAAAACAAAAUGUUUACUCUCUUUUUGCCUCCCUUCCCCCCCCCC